GUAGGAACGAGCUGACUUGCACUCCUAGCGUCUUUUCACUCCUAAAUGAUAAGCUAGGUAGCUAAAUGUUUAUUUGAAGUGAAAAUGAGAGCAACAUACAAAACCUUUUUCGGAUAUUAUGUUUUGAUAUCGAGUGUUUUUGUGAACGCGUUCGAACCAAUCUCAACCACAUUUGUGGUCGGUGCGGGAGUAGGCCUAGCAGCAGUGGGGCAGAAAAUGUACAAUUAUUUAUAUGAAAGUUGCGAUUCAAAAUGGAUUGAUUUUAAUUCAACAGGUAUGUGUACUGCUAAAUAUAAGAUGGUUUAUGUGUUCUCGUGGUUUACUUAGGCUAUUUGAUAAUGUAGACAGUCAGUCCUUUUGCGUUUUAAUCUUGCAAUUGCUUAUAGAUCUCCACCAAUAUACCGUUGGCCUACUCUAGAAUACGAGGGUUGGCUUUAGGGUCAGUCAAUAUUGUGUGGAUGAAGUGCGGGUGGGUGGCAGGCGGCUUGAGAAAACAAUACCCUAAAUCCAUAUAUGUAUCAGUCUUGUGCAGUUUAUAUCUAUUGGCUACAUUGAAGUUUUUAUGUCAUUAUUUUAGUUUAUCUGGCAUAAGUGCAUAAACCUAAACUUUAGGGCCUAACUGUACAAGGGCCAAAUCGCCAAAUGGGAACUGGCAGAAAAAUCGAUCGACGUAGGCAAUAACGACUAGUAGGCUACGUUUACAUGCACGGAAAUAAUUGGAUAUUAAACUGAAUACAUUAACUUUUUAGUCAUUUAGCAGACGCUCUUAUCCGGAGCGAUUUACAGUUUUAGUGAGUGCAUACAUUACGGCAGUAGGCAUAUUAUGCGAUAGUCAUGUAAACACCUUACUCUGCUUGUCUUAAUCGUCGUAAGAUCAAAAUCGAAAUAAACAUACGCCAAUUAAAACACCUAGUUUUCUGAGCAAUCUUUCGAAUUAUUAGGACAUCUAAACACCUUAUCGGCGUUCCAAAGGUGUGCGUUCCAAAGGUGAUCUGCGCAUGUGUCAGCACCGGUAGAGCAAGCCUACCUGUUUAGCACGAGUGAAGUGAGUUGGGAACAUCUGAAUCUAUGCCGCUUAGAAGUAGUUUUCACAUCAGGGGCGCAACUUUGGUUUUAGAAGUGGGGGAGGACAUAACCUGGCAGGGGGUCCUCCCCCAGAUUUUUUUUGGGGCAUCUAAAGCUCAUUUACUGCAUUUCUACUUGGGCUGGCCCUGGCAAAAACAUUUUUGAAAAUCUUGGUCAACCAAGAGUAGUCUUUUCUUUCGACCAAUCAAAUUAAUCGAAAUUUUAAAUCUUGUAUUUUUCCAUAUAUAUGGUAAAUUACUGUAAUAAUAAUAUAUUGAAUGCAUUAACAGAAUUUACCAUAACCAAACAAUUAUGAGAAUUAACAAUAAAUGUAGGCUACUACUGGUGAUGUAUGUAAUGGGGAAUUGAUAGACAAAGCAAACAAUGCACACAAUGAAGUUAUAAAACAAUGAAUACCCACGAAAUGGUGGAAGAGUGCAUUCUGGAGAGAGACGUGCCUUGUGCAUCUGAGCCAUAAUCCCCAUAUUCUUGGACCAUGGCUUCCCCGCGGCCUCGUCAAUGGAUUAGUCAACUGAGACAGGUGCAAAUCACCUGCUCGACAAAAAUAAAUAAUGCAGACCCCUUUUGUCAUACAGUAGGCUAUUCCAUAUGAGGCACCCAUACCGUAUGAAAGUUGCACAGUAUACCCUUAAUCUUGUAAUAAAUCAAAUCUAGUGAUCCAUAACUUGACAUUUCUGCCUUCCAUUGUGGUAGGAUAACCAACCUUCAAAUUAAUGGCAAUGCAUUUAUUAGCCACUAUAAAUGCUUGGUUACACAGAUUUUUUCCAGUAUCAACAUUUCCAAGCAAACAAAACCAGGGAGAAGGGAGAAUCUGUAGACAUGCUGAGAUAAAAUAACAUACUCUUUGCCAGAAUUCAGCCAGCCUUCACAAGAUCAUAACAUAUGCAAAUAUGUCCCCUUUUGUGUUUUACUCUUCCAGCAGAGGAAUUACAUUUCUGAGUGCAUGAUAUUCAGUUUCACUGGCAUAUAAGAUGUUCUAUGGAUGGUCUUAAACUGCAGUAAUUUAUGUCUGAGGUUAUAUGAACAUGACUGGGCAUUCAAACAUACCUGUAUCCAUUCAUCAUCAUCGAUAUUGUGUUGAGUACUGACCGUUCACCAUGACCGUGAAUUCUGUAUAGCUGUUUAUACAGUGUCAGUGUGAAAAGUAGGGAUUUAGCUAGGGAAACUGACAGAUCAAUACCUACCAAAAUGUUGGAAAUUAUAAGCAGAAACAUAGCCUAUCUAAAUCAGGCAAAAAAAAAUCCUGCACCCACUGACAAAAUGGUUCCAUCAUCUGACUGUAGCCUACAGCGGAUUUUCUAUAUUAGCGGGCUCGGGUCGGAUGCUGGCCACAGAUUUUCACUUUUUUACAUAGUCUGGUGGUUGUGAAUGGGUUAUUAGCAAUUGUGGGCGGGUGAGGGUGAGCAAACAGCUGACCCGCGCACCACUAGCCUACUUAGCAGAUGUAUCCUACAUGCAUAACUAAUCACGUUAUGAAGAUAACCACCUGUUAUUUGUAUAGAAAUAAUGGUGGUAUAUUCGUAGCACAUGUCCCAUUCGUUGACACUAAUAAUCGACUUCUGCCCGGUCAUCAGGUUUGGAAGUGGCCCUAGAUCGGAAGCUGUUUGGUCAACAUGUUGCCUCCAGAGUCAUCCAGAAAGCUGUAACGGGUUUCAUGAACAAUAAAAACCCUAAAAAGCCCCUGGUGCUCUCUCUACAUGGCUGGACUGGCACAGGGAAGAACUUCGUCAGCCAGUUGAUAGCUGAAAACAUCUACAAGGAGGGCAUGACCAGCAGUUUCGUCCAUCAGUUUGUGUCUACAGCUCACUUCCCUCAUCUGAGUCAGAUUGAGAACUACAAGGUAAAACAAGUAUUUUGUUAUAUUGAAGUGUAAUCCCCAGUAACCGUGGCAUGGAAAUUCUCAAUAGAGAAUUAGGCUGUAAAAACAAAAUCACUCUUAUGCAUAUUCUAUAUUAGGGGUAUUCAAAUCUUACCCUACGAGGUCCGGAGUAUUGCUGUGUUUCUGUUCUACCUGAUUAUUAAUUGCACCCACCUGGUGUCCCAGGUCUAAAUCAGUCCCUGGUUAGACUGGCUUCAAGGUCCACAUUUAAAUUAGAGGGUUCUUUAUGAUACAGAAUGUACAGCUGAAUAAUUUUUUAAAAUAUAUUUUGCAGCUAUGCUGUAAGCUGUCUUCACUGCUGUAGAUAAGUCUGUGUUUAAACUGUUGUGACCAUCCCUCAGUCUCAGCUGCAGCAGUGGAUCAAAGGCAAUGUCACCAACUGCCCACGUUCCAUGUUCAUCUUUGACGAGAUGGACAAGAUGCACCCUGGCCUGAUCGACUGUAUAAAACCCUACCUGGACUACUACGAAAAUCUGGACGGGGUCUCCUACCGCCAAGCCAUCUUCAUCUUCCUCAGGUAGGGCGUACGGAGCAGCAGUGUGUGAUAAGAAUUAAUGUGUUGUUUUUGGAUACUUUGGUAUUAUUAUAUUUUUUACUGGAUUUACAGUCAAAUAUAUUACAGACAUGCAUCAUAUUAUCUUUCCCACAAUUUAACGACUCUUUGUAAUGACCAUGGUUUUACUUAGCUAAAAGUCAGUGUCAAUCAGAUACGGCCCCCCAAAACUAAAGUUCAGUUACUUCAGAUGUUUUAUUUUGCAAAUAAAAUCACCACACAUGAACCUAAUGCAUUUAUACACUACUCCAUGUCCGCACCAGUGAGGAAGAAAAAUAACGUUGGACCCAGCUUAAAGUGGCAAUAUGCAACUUUUUGUUCGACCCGACCAAAUUCACAUAGAAAUGUGAGUUACAGAUCUAUCAUUCUACUUGAAAGCAAGUCUAAGAAGCAGUAGAUCUGUCAUGUGCGCUAAUUCUAUGCUUUCCAUUCUUAUGUUUUGUUUUUGUGUCUUUUACUUUUGGUUUUGUACACCAGCUUCAAACAGCUGAAACAACAAUAUUAUUAGUUGUAGAAAAUAUAUUUCACAGCGGUUUAGAUGGUACAAUGAUUCUCUACACUAUACUAGCUUAUUUUGUCACAUAAACUGAAAUUAGGCGAACUAUUAGAGUUUUAGCAACCAGGAAAUGGUGAUUUCUGCAUAGUGCAACUUUAAUAUCUACUAGUUUGUUUUGCUAAUCUCCAUAGCAAUGCUGGAGGAGAGCACAUCACGCAGGUGGCCCUGGACUUCUGGAAAGCAGGUCGAGACCGAGAGGAGAUGAAAUUGCAACACUUAGAACCAGCUCUCUCCCUGUCCGUGUUCAACAACAAGCAGAGUAAGCCACCUCUUUGCCGUCCUUCUUUAGGGCUGAAGCCUAACAUAUACACUUUGGUAACUAUUGUUCAUAUUUAACAAAUCAUACACAUAUAUUUCUCUAAGGUUUUCUCCUUUGUUACUAAGCCUGGGGUUAGAAGGCUGGGGAUGUUAUUGGGGACUUUUCAGACCUUCAAUACGAAGAUUACGGGUGAUAUCUAUAUUCUGUCCAUCUGCCCUUCUUGCCCCUGUCCAUUUUAUGACUAUCCUUACCCCCUAGGUACAUCUGAGAGGAUUGGGUAAGCAAUUGGUGGUAGUGUCUUCUUGCCCAUCUUAUGACUGUGUCCUUCCCUCCCUCCCUUUGUGUAGGUGGGUUGUGGCACACUAGUCUGAUAGACAAGAACCUAGUUGACUUCUUCGUCCCCUUCCUGCCUCUGGAGUACAGACACGUGAUGCUGUGUGGCAUGGCAGAGAUGGCCGCCAAGGGCCUGGAGCCCGACCAGGACAUGGUCGACCAGAUGGCCAGAGACUUGGUCUAUUUCCCCAAGAGUGAAAAGAUCUUCUCCAGCAAGGGCUGCAAGACCAUCGGCGGCAAGCUAGAUUACUAUACAUAGUGUGUGUUUGAGAUCGACUACGUUGCUGCCGGCGGCUGCAGACUGACCGAUCUAAUCAUAAUGAGUAGUAAUUUAGGAUGAAAGGUGGUUUGUAGGUCUGAUCAGUCGGUCUGCUGUUGCUGACGGCAAUGUAGACGAUCUCAGAGGGAACAGCUACUGUAUCUUGUCUACCACCUACUCUACUGUGUGCACUUUCUUAAUGACAACAUCUCCGCCAGUCGGAGUGAGGAAGUCAGUGACUGAACUCAGAAAGGGGAUGAUGACCCGCCCCUCAGGUCUCCCAACGUCAACACAACCAUGUGGAGGACUUCAACGGUCUCUCCUGAUGUCACUUCUCCCUGAAGAUGAACUAAUGGACUACUGAGAGAGAGGAGGGUGAAUUUAAGGAGAGAUAAAAAAAUUUUUUUAGGAAACACUGAGGGGAAACGCAAUUAUUUUUAACUAAUCAAGGUGCUUGAUCCUGACUUAUCAAUUCUGUAAAUGAGUAUCUCCAAAUAAUGAUUUCAUUUUCCAGGGAAUUCUGCUGCACAUGAACUGUGGCAAGUGAAAACAAGUUGUGUAUUAGAAACAAGUGUGGUUUAAAGUUAUAAUAAAUUUUUCAGCCAAACGGCAGCCCUGCCACUUGGUUUGCUAUUAAUCUGAGGGAUGCUGAGGCCGGACAAAUGUAACCACUCUAAACGACAGAUGGAGAUAUGGAUGCAAGGACUCGCAGUUCAUGAGAUCAACGGGAUG